AUGGCUACCACUCAAGAGUUCCAGUCUUCUCUUGAUUAUAUCAAGGCUCAAGAGAAGCUCUCCUUCCUGCCCGGCCAGGCCUUACCUCGCUUUCGAUCUCACUCGGCAAUGUCCGAAUUGACCGAAAUUGCCGAUACAGACUAUGACUCUGACUCCCUCGAGGGUUAUUCGGACAGUUCUCCCUACAGAAGCAAUGACUCGCUCGUGGCAGAAAGUGUAACUACAGUCUCAACCGCAGACGAACUGAAGACCCCUGAUUCCACCGGUCUUACCGCAUUCCAUUUCCACCUCGAUGAUAACCCUAUUAAGGGCCCUUCCGGUCCACAUCUCUUUCGUGCCAACUCGCAGGGAUCAGUGGAGUAUACCCACCAUUCGAACACCGACUACCGACCCGAGAGUGCACCGACCAGUGCAACGACUCCUUUCUAUUAUUAUGCCUCAAAGCUUGGAGAUGAUAGGAGAGAUACCCCGCUGCCAAACGGUGAGGCAGUAUCGCCUCGCUCGUCGAUUCAAGCGUCAACCCGCGCCUCAACUCGACCCUCGUCAAUCCGUACCGAGCCUAGGGAGGACAAUGUCCUGAACUGGUCCCCAAAUGAUGUCGUUCAUUGGAUGAGGAAACUCGGUUUCGAGGACUCAAUUGUCGAGAAGUUCUACAUCAAUGACAUUUCUGGAGCAAUUCUCCUUGAACUUCAGGCUGAGGAUUUGAAGGAGCUCGAUAUCCCUUCGUUUGGCAAGCGCCAUCAGCUAAUGGGCUGUAUUCGUCAGCUUCGAAGGAGCUCCUCGAAUUCUUCUCCUCAGACAUGCGAGUCUCAACCUACUCCUGACGCGUCUCUGCGCCUCAAUACAGUCACCCCGCAAACCAACGCUGCGGAGUAUGGUACCGAAAUUAACAACGGGCUCUUCGAAGAGCUUCCACGGGCCAGAUCUGGUUCGUCGUCUUCCGGGCGUCUCAAGCAGCACCGACAGACAAAGCGUGGGCGCCAGGGUACCGACGUUGCUCCCGAGGACUCAGUCUCAAUUGUUGCAAUUGAGCAGCUCCUUCCCAAGCUGCACACUUGCUCCAAAGGCGAGAACUGCCGCAAGUGGCAAAAGCAACAGGCCAAACUCGCCUGGUUGGCCAAGGACGUACCACCUGAAUACUUGGGUGGGCUGGCUGGUGGUGUUCUCGUCACAGGUGACCCAGGGAAUCCUUCAACUGCCCAAGCUCUUGCAAGGACGCCAAAAUCAGAUGUGACCCCUUCUUUGAUCGCUUCUUCCGAUAUUAUGGGCCCAGCCCAGUCCAUGGCGUUCUCCCUGUCUCAUGAAAUGCUGAGUGGCGUGCAGCCUCGCGAUCCGCAGGAGAAUGUGCGUAAUUUCCUUCAGUUUCAGAGCUUAGGCACGAUGCCGCCAGCGACAGACCCUGCUACGCCUCCCAUGGAACACACGCCUUCCCCGGAUACCCCGGAAUCCGCUAAGGCGAACCCCACUCUUUCUGAGAAUCUUAGACACCUUCCGAAGCUUCGAAUUCCCAGCAUGCACGCUUCGCUAGACUCAGCCUUGUCUCCUGACUCCACUGCCAUGCGCACAGUGACACCAACCAUUCUACGGAACAGACAGCAACACGCCCAGCGAAACAUGACCAAAUCUGCUGGCCCAUAUGGAUCGGUCCUCUCCCCAUCGGACUUUUACCGUGACGACCCUCAUUAUGGCCAGUCAACUCCAAUGUCCGAGGUCGACGCUCCAAUGACAGCUAUCCCCAUGGGCCCCGUUGCCCGUGACUGUUCCCAGUCUGUGCCACCCGAUAUGCGAUUUGGAGGCCACCAUGCUCGACAGCCAAUCGACCCCAUUGCGCGACCGUCCUCGACGAAGCCCGACAAUCACCGAAGGUUACACUCUGCUAUUGGGCAAACCGUUCAAACAUUGGUCUCUGUAGACGAGCGCUUGCCACUUCCGCCAAUCGAGACGCCUGAGGACCUUGACCGGACGCCACGGGCCCCUCACUGCAAGAACAACCCAUUCAGUCGCAAUGGCCAGCACGCCAACGACAUUAUCCACAGUGGCUGGAUGAAGAAGCGCAAGACAACAAAGCUCAUUCGCCACGAAUGGGAUGAGCACCACUUCAUCCUUCGUGGCACUCAGUUGUCCAUGUUCCCCGAUGAAGUCCCCUCCCGCCGCGACUCCAAAGCUCUGGAGCACAUUGACGUCGAUGACUACGCCGUUGCGUGCUCUUCCCUUGCGUCGAACUCAAAGUUGACCGCCGCAUUCAAGAAGACCGUUCUCAAGCGCAACAACGACCCCACUGGGGAAGCAGCUUUCGCCUUUUCUUUGAUCCCGGCGACGAGCACUGGCGCCGUCGACCGCAAGCAUUUCCUUACCAACGGCCCGAAACCCCACCACUUCGCGGUCAAGACACGUGAUGAGCGGAUUGACUGGAUGAGGGAACUGAUGCUCGCCAAAGCGCUUAAGAAGGGCCGUGAGGGCGGCGACUUGCUUCACCUCAACGGUACCCCGUUUUAA